ACCCGAUAACGUCACCUUAGCGUGUGACCCACUUGACCCAAAUUUUGUAAUCAGUAAGCCUGACUUGAUUGUGUGUAAUUACUCAUUGAAAUAAUGACUUGUGUUGUAGUUGGACAGCUUCCACACCUGGUCACCGUAUUAUAUAAGACGUGUGCGAAGCAACAAUCUCGUACAAUAAUCGCCGCUGUCUUACACACAUGGUAACUUCUAAAAACUACAAGACUCCGUGUUUUCAUUUUGGGACAUUUGUUUUCACGAAACUGUGCCACACGAUAUAAUACAUGAUAAUUGCAUGAGAGACCCUACACACGUAAAUCUAGUAAUAUAGCAUAGUUAAAGAAAUCUACACUAUAAAUGUAAUAACUUUGUAAGAAAUAAGUUUACUUUUUGAAGUCCAACUAAUGUCGACUGUUCAUUUAUAUUUCUUUUUACUCGUGACGAAAUGAACACUAAUCCUUUGUUAGAUGGUACAUAAAUAUAGAAUAAUAUUAAGAUUAGGGGGGGAACCCUAAAAAUCACACAACUAAACAAAGGAAGAGUUUCGUAUGAAUUUUCUUUUUCUUAAGAGAAGAGUGUAUUCCUAAAUACACUUUAAACACGAUAGCGUGUAGUUAUCAAAACUCGGUCGUGUAUCCCUUUGGGACAGCAGCACGCGUUAUUGGUAUAGAUAUAAAACUUGCUUAGUACCAAGUAGCGUGACUUGGUGGUCAGUAAAAAAAAUGACCCAUAAAGUGUGCGAUCUGGACGAAUGGCUAGAUCAGCUGUACCAGUGCAAGCAGCUGCCAGAGGACCAGGUCAAGACGCUGUGCGACAAGGCCAAAGAGGUCAUCUCCCCGGAGUCCAAUGUCCAGAUGGUCCAGUGUCCGGUUACCGUAUGCGGAGACAUCCACGGUCAGUUUUACGACCUUCUGGAACUGUUCAAGGUCGGCGGGAGCGUGCCGGACACGAAUUACCUGUUUAUGGGGGACUACGUGGACAGGGGGUACCACUCUGUUGAGACCGUGUCCCUGCUGGUGGCGCUAAAGGUAGGUUUCACAUACGCUCAAACGCUGAAUGUAUUUAGAUUUUUACAGGAGUUCCAAUGAGAAACGCUCAUUUUAAGGAGUCCUAUGUGUGACUCAUGUGACGCCAUCCAUUGCAGAUAAGAAAUGUGUUAAUGCUGAUAACGAAAAAGGAAAAAAAGAAUCAUAUAAAGAUAUGUUCUCUAUAAUAAAUCGUAAGGGGGAAAAAUAGUUUAAUCCGACUCCUCGGGGCCCAGCUUUUGAGUUUCUAGUUUCGUCUUCGAUGGAUUAACUAUCAAGCCCUAUUAAGUCGGGAUUAAGAUAUCGAGGCCAAUAUUUGAAUAAAUUGUACAUCACCGUGUGGUGUAACUUUUUUCUACCAUUAAUUUAAGACAUAAACCUACAGAAUUCUACAGAAUGUUUAAUUUAUUAAACUUUUUUUUUUAAAUUUAAAAAACCACAUAUCAGUCAGGGAAUGUAGGAAAUGUUUGUCAAACAUUGCAAGUCCUGACUUGGGACAAGUAGAGUGUAAUCUGGGACCGGUAGAGUAUAAUCGGGGACAAGAAGAGUUUAAUAUGGGACAAGUAGAGUAUAAUCUGGGAAAAGUAGAGUAUAAUCUGGGACAAGUAGAGUAUAAUCUGGGACAAGUAGAGUAUAAUCUGGGACAGGUAGAGUACAAUCUGGUACAGGCAGAGUAUAAUCGGGGACAAGAAGAGUAUAAUCUGGGACAGGUAGAGUAUAAUCGGGCACAAGAAGAGUUUAAUAUGGGACAAGAAGAGCAUAAUCUGUAACAAUUAGAGUAUAAUCUGGGACAGAUAGAGUAUAAUCUGGGACAAGCAGAGUAUAAUCGGGGGACAAGAACAAAUAGAGUGUAAUCGACUGUAUGUUUUGACCGAUUUAUUCCAUACAUCUUCAAAUAGGUUCGCUAUCCGCAAAGGAUAACGCUGCUACGAGGCAACCACGAAUGUCGAAUGAGCUCGCAAGUGUACGGCUUCUACGACGAGUGCCUCGUCAAGUACGGCAACGCCAACGUCUGGAAAUACUUCACCGAUCUGUUCGACUACUUCCCCUUGACAGCCGUCGUCAACGACAGCAUUUUCUGCCUCCACGGCGGACUGUCGCCGUCCAUAGACACCCUCGACCACAUUCGAGUGCUGGACCGGUUCCAGGAGGUCCCCCACGAAGGACCCGUCAGCGACCUGCUGUGGUCGGACCCUGAGGACAGAGGCGGCUGGGCCAUGUCCCCGCGUGGGGCAGGGUUCAAUUUCGGCGAGGACAUCUCCGAGGCCUUCCUCUACAGCAACAAUCUGUCCUUUAUUUCUCGUGCCCAUCAGAUGGUGAUGGAGGGCUACAAUUGGUGCCACGGCGGUCACGUGGUCACGGUGUUCAGCGCGCCCAACUACUGCUACCGCUGCGGCAACCAGGCGGGCCUCAUGGAAGUGGACGACUCCGGAAGUAAACGGUUGACCCAGUUCGAGCACGCAAAGGUACAAAUACGGAGCGGGAAAUCGAAGACCUUGCCGGACUACUUCCUGUGAUACACUGCGCUCUGAUGCAAUCGGGUGGCGCUUGGCAACUUCUGUUCAGUGAUAUACCGCGCUCUGAUGCAGUCAAGUGGAACUUCUCAUCUUCUUCCACCUACAGCAAAUUUGUCGGGGAGAGAUUAACAAAAAGGUUGUCUUCCUUCUUAAGGAUAUUGAAAGCUUUAAAUCGCAGAAGAUCACGGAACAAUGGAUCAAACUGGCAAAAUCACGUCAUUUCAAGAAUAAUAACCAAUUUUAAGAUAAAGUCCCCCCCCCCCCCCCCCAAAAAAAAAAAAAGCCCCCCCCCCCCCCCCCCCAAAAAAAAAUAAAUAAUAAGUUUUGGAUUAAAUAUCAUUUGCCCUCAGGUUAAUGCGAUGCUAAUUUAAUGACAUUUUUUUAAAAAGUAUUUUCCAAAGAUCGCACGCUUUGACUCUAAAGUAGCAGUCUUGAAAAGAUAUCAAUCAUGUUCCCUAGAUCGAAUCUUAUAACUAAAGAUGGAAAACUUUGUUUAUUUCCAUAAAAUUGACAUCGUCUGCUAUGGAUAUGGUGGAUGUUAUAAUAACUUUUUUUUUUAGGAAUCAAAAUUGUAACCGUGGUAGUUUUAACGUGUGCAUGACCGGUGCAGGUGAAUUAAAUCAACAUUACAGGUGAACAGCUGCGUUGUGUGCACAUCUUAUGGGUAUUUGCCGGCACUUUGAUCUUGUUUUAUAUAAAGACUUUUGUGUACUGUUGUUGUUGUUUUAAUUUACUUAGAGUGUAAUACUUAUAAACCGGGAUGCUAGCGUUCAUAAUCUGAGAUUACAUUCAAACGUAUACAACAACAAAACAGACGUUGUUGUUUGUUUUUUCAUCUUUCCUGUAUACGAUUAUUGUGGUUUUAUUUCCAGAAUCCUAUAGGCAUUUGCCGUUGUAAUUAAUAUUUAUAGAAUAUCCAAUUUUAAAAAAAAAAAUAUUUAUUGUUAUAAUUAAUGCUUUCGUGUUUAAUGUGUUCCUGAUCAAUUGGGUUCAUCUGAUCUGAUUAUUAUUAUUAUUAUUAUUAUUAUUUGCUCAUUCAGAAAAUAUCUGCUUACCAAUGUUCUUUUCCUUGCUAUUUACUCACUAAAGCUUCUCGUAACCUUAACUGCUACACUUGCGGACAACGUGAGUAGAUAUCGGAUGCUGAUAUAUUUAACGUAUCUUCACUGUUUAGUGACCGAAUCUACCAUAAUUACAAUCUAUUAGAGAAAGAUAGCCAUCCGUCCUUACUUCUGAAUUUAGCCAUGUUUUUUUUUUCUUCCUUUUUUGCCACUGAAAAAUGUGGAUCGAAAUAGUGUAAAAAAAAAACUCGUUUAACUUUUGAGAUUGUUCGGCUAAUUCGCGCAAGAAUACUGGCCUACCUACCGUACCUGCGACGCAUUUAUAUUCCGGUUUAAUUUGCUAGUCGUCUUGAAUGUUAUUUAUCAUCUCAUUUCAUAAUCUUUUUUUUUUUGUUUUGUUUUUGUUUCAAUCUUCAAAGUUCCUAGUGCGUGCAUUUAACUAAUGUGCACAUUCACAAAUAAUAAUUCUGUAGAUAUUUAUUUACGCAUGUAUGGCUGUAAAAUGUGUGUACAAUAAGUGCGGAAAAUAAAAUACCCAGAAGUUAGG